GACGCGGGAGACUCUCUCUCUCUCCCCCUCCCCACUCUCCUCUCUCUCUCUCUUGUUUAUUUUCUCUCUCCCAAAGAUUUCUUUAAAACCAUUUCCGAAAAAUCAAAUACGAAGAUUUAGCAACUCUCUCCUCUCUUUUGCUAUAUUCACUGCCAUAACAAAGUCAAUCAAAACUUUCCAUCUUUUCUAUUUAUAUAUUUAUGUGUACGGACACAAGAUUUCAAUCGCCGCCGUGAGAAAAAAUGAGUGAGCCUAGAGACACUCUUUCUCUCCUCAUCUGCCACGAAUCCGAGUCUUGUCUUAACGAACAAGACGACGAUGAAGAGACCAAGAUUGAGAGAUCUGAUGAGCAGAAACAGAAACAACACUCUUUCGCUGUCUUAACAACGAUCGGUGAAGACGAUGAAGAUUACGUGGCGGAGCUAGUUCGUAAAGAGAAUCACCGAUUCGAUGAAAACACUAAAACGACGUCGUCGAUUGACAGAUUGAUUGCAAUCGAUUGGAUUCUCACUACAAGAACUAGAUUUGGGUUUCAACAUCAGACAGCUUACAUUGCAAUCUCGUACUUGGAUCUAUUCCUCUCUAAGAGAUUCAUCGGCUUGCAGAAAGAUGAAUCAUGGGCGAUUAGAUUAUUAUCAGUAGCUUCACUAUCACUAGCUGCGAAGAUGGAAGAACGUGUUGUUCCUGGAUUAUCACAAUACCCACAAGAUCAAGAUUUCGUUUUUAAAACCGAUGUGAUUCGCAAAACCGAGCUUUUGAUCUUAUCGACAUUGGAUUGGAAGAUGAGUUUGAUCACUCCUUUUCAUUACCUAAACUAUUUUAUUUCUAAAAUCUCUCCAACAGACCAAUCUAGUGAGCUUGUCUUGUUAAGAUCCUCUGAAUCUCUUCUCGCACUUACCAAAGAGAUAAGUGUUACGGAUUAUCGACAGUUUAUUGUUGCUGCUGCUACUACAUUGUUAGCUUCUUCAUCGGAUAUUAGAUUGACGAGAGAAGAAAUGGGUAACAAGUUUGGAUCAAUCUCUUGGUGGAGUUCUAAUGAGAAUGACAAUGUAUAUUCAUGUUAUGAGAGAAUGCAAGAGAUUGAAGAGAGAAAACAUAUGACACCACCGCCGGAAGUAUCGGUUCCUGGACCGGUGGUUGGUUCAGGAAGUGGUGCUAAACGUCGUCUGUCUUUUGAUGAUGAUUCUGAUCAACCUUCUUCUUCUCCUGACAAGAGAAUGCGUAGGCUCUGAAGAGAGUUGAGUUUUUUUGGUUUAUAAAAUUAUAUUGAAUUGGUAAUUUUUGCAACAUAUUGCUUUGGUUUUUAUAUUCAAUCAUUUGAUUAUAGAGAAAAAAAAUGGUUUGAAUACAAUGGUUAUUUCAUCUUUUUUGAAGUAACUUAUAUAUAGAGAGGUUUAUAUAUGGAAGUCUUUUGAUGGUUCAAUUUUGUGGGUGGAAUUGUGGGUAUCAAAAAACUUUUGGGGCUUCUAUGAGAGAAUCAAGAAAAUGUGGGAGUUGAGAGUGUAAAUAAUGAAAGAAACAGAAAGGGUGAAUAGUUUUAGGCCAAUAGCUGCAGUGCCUGUGAUUUGGUUUCAUCAGUCUUUUCCUCUUAUUUUCAUGUGAUAUCAAAUGAUAAAUGAAGAAACUCUUUUUAAGGUAAUAAACG